AUGAAGAUGACUGUAAAUCGUAUAAGGGUAGUCGUGCUUGGAAGUCCUCGGAGUGGGAAAUCGGCGGUGGUUGUGCGAUACCUUACAAAACGGUACAUUGGCGAAUACAGCUCGACUGGAGAUUUUCUCUACCAGCACAGAGUAGCAUUCGAUGGUGCUGUUUCAGAAGUAGAAAUAUUGGACACUUCAAAUUGUGCGAUACGCGGUUGUCUUGGUGAUCACUUGCGAUGGGGCGACGCUUUCGCGGUCGUGUACUCGGUGUGCGAACGGCGCUCCUUCCUGGCGGCCGCCGAGCUCCUCUCGCUCCUCGAGCGGACUCGGAUGCCAAGUUGUGCAGCCAUCACUCUCUUGGGCAACAAACGUGACCUCGAACACGCCAGGGAGGUCCACGCAGAGGAGGGUCAAGAGUUGUCGCUGCGGUUCGGUUGUCAGUUCUAUGAGGUGUCCGCCGCUGAGUCGUGCGCGGGCGCCGCACUUGCGUUCCACGCGCUGUUACGGGAGGCGCGCGCUCUAGCCCUAUUAUUGCCCGCGCCUCGACGCAAGCUCGCUGCCUAUUCCGUUUCAAAGGUUAUUGGUACGAUAUUCGGAAAAAACAGUAAAAGUGUUCGAAAGAAACGACCGUCCCUUAGUAUUUAAGUUGCAUUUAUUUAUAUUAAAAUUAGUAUAAAAUGAUAGACUGCUUUAGAAUAAACAUAAUGAGCUAAGAAAAAUCUGUUGUAUAUAUGUGAAAAUUAGAUAUAUUAAGAAUAGGUAUGAGUAUCGUAUAAAAAUGUGAAAUGAAAGCCCUGUUACUCAGAGCGCUCAAUUGUCUUUCAUCCCAAAAGUAAUUGUAAAUAGUCUACACAUUCAGUAUUAAAAUAACAACAAAAACCGUUUUAUUAAAAUUAGAUUGAUAGUUGUUUCAAUUUAAUUUGUAGUUCAUAAGUAAUUUUAAGUGUAAAUAGUUUCAGCGUCGACUAUCAAUACUACGGUUCAUAGAAUGAAACCUCGCAUUAAAGUUGUUAAGAUUUAUGUAUUAGCUUGUGAUAAUACAUCUUGUAAAUAUUAAAUUUUAUAAAAUUGAGAAUGAAGCCUAAUAAAAUGGUUAAUUAUUAA